CCUUUAACCCCUUCUCCACAGACACACACACACUCUAUUACAUACAUUCUCUUUACAAACCAAUAUCUCUUUUUCUUGUCUUAUUAUUAUGGUACAAAUAUUUAACGAAGGUUGCAAAACCCUAUACGUCGGACAUCUCGACGCUCGAGUCACCGACACCAUGUUGGAACAAAUCUUCUCCAUGAUUUCACCAGUCGAUCACGUUAAAAUUGUCAAAGAUCCCAAAGCUUCCGAAGAUGACCUGAAUUAUGGACUGGUCGAGUUUUGCGAACAUCAAGGUGCGGAACAGGCCCUCCAUGCGAUGGGUGGAAGAAUCAUUUUUGGUCAGGAAAUCAGUGUAAAAUGGGAAACCCAGGGUUCCACAACCCCCACUGCUCAAAAAGAAGAUACCAGUCGGCAUUACCGUAUCCUCGUAGGCGAUUUGAGUCCAGAUGUCAAUGACGAAGAACUGAGCAAAGCAUUUGCUCCAUUUCCAAGCAUGUCUGACGCACGAGUGAUGUGGGAUCAAACCACUGGAAAAUCAAGAGGUUUUGGUUACGUGGCUUUCCGUGAUAAAGCCGAAGCCGAAGAAGCCAUGGAUAUCAUGGAUGGCGAAUACUUGGGUUCCGGCGCUGUCAAAUGCAACUGGGCAAAUCAAAAGAACGUCAGUCCCAGCGUUUCCACCACCACAUCCGCUGCUCACAUCACCAAGACCGAAAAAAUGCAAGUUGCAUCGGCCAAUAUGUCGUAUGAAGACAUCUUUGCACAGACUCCUCCUUACAAUACCACCAUCUUCAUUGGUAAUCUUCCGCAAGAAAUCACACCCCAAGAUAUCGCUCCCUACUUUCAACAAUACGGUUUCGUGUCCGACAUUCGAUUACAGAACGAUAAAGGUGUUGCCUUUGUGAAACUGGAUACACACGCGAAUGCGGCAACGGCUAUUUUCGCACUGCAGGGUUUCAAUAUCGGUGGCAAGGCUGUCAAACUAUCGUGGGGCAAAGAUCGGCCAAAUCACACAUCCGAACCCACGGCGCCUCCUCCUUUAAAUUACUACGCUCCUGGAUAUCGAAACAACGGAUGGUUUCAACCGAUCACUGGAACUUACGAUAUGCACACCAUGCGACCUCCUGCCCCCGUAGCCGGUACACCCAGCAUGUCCGGUGGUGAAGAAGGUGGAGGCAUUCACGGUUGGAAUCAGUACUAUCACACCUACUACAGUGCCGGUCAUCAAAGCAUUUGACUGUAAAAAAAAAAAAAAAAAAAAAAAAAAGGAAAAAAGCAAAAGACCCAGAAAAAAAAAA